UGUGCACACACUGGAAAUGAUCUCAGCUGAUCAGCUGUUUACAAAAAUACAACAAUUUAUUUUAAUAGCAUUUCAAUCGCCAGCAGCGUUUUAAGUAAAUUGUGAUUAAUUUGAACUAGAAAAUGUAAAACAAAGCGCCUAGUGACCUGACUUUUGAGCCGGCGACGACGACUUCCCGGCUGCCGCAUCUUAUCGCCGGUCAAUAAAUGUACAUAAAUGUGGCCACGACAGGACAAAUAGCAAGGAGCAGCAGCAAGAGCUGUAACAAUAACAAUAGUAAAGCCGCAGAACUCGACCACAACAAGCCACAAUCGGCAAUCAUCAGCACUGGCGCGCCGCAGACUGGGAAGGGGUCAGAGGUCAGGCGGAUUGCGAGGGCGCCAGUUGCAUUUUGACAACGGCAACGAACCGAAAACACCCGCGCAUAAGCCAUGACAGCUGCACGAGAGCCCCAGCCCCCCGGCAUCGGGCAAAAACUAAAGCUAAAGCUGGAGCCCCAGUUCCAGUCCCAGUUCCAGCCACAUCGGCCGGCCAAGAAUCUGCACGCCCUGCUGGAUCUGCCCGCGGCGAUGGAACUGCGCCAAAUUGAGUUGAUCUAUCGGGCGGAGGGUAAUGCAAAUUUGGUGCUCGCCUUGCCGCAAUUUAAAAAAGUUUUACGUUUGCCAAAAAUGAUAUCCAGCAGACUGCGGCAGGAGGAGCGGCAUGAGCAGGAUGAGGUCGCUCGGCCGGAAGGACAGCGCGACUCAUCCGCUGAAGCCCCGGCUGGAAAAGCUGGCGACUUGACAAUGCCGGAUUUUAUGGCUUAUAUCGGGAUAAUGCGCCGUCUAUUAGGAAAUGAGUUUGUCUGCGGAGCGGAUAUUGUUGCCAUACCAAAGGAAGACGAUAGAUUCUGGAUAAACGAGCACAUACGCGCCCAAAGACCAAUUUCGCGUCUGGAUAAGGAAUUUGUGGGGCCAUUCGGCCUGCUGCUGCCAGAUGUGACCCAAUUGCCUGCCACGUUCGAUGUUUUACUUGCCAAUUUACAGGCAAAGGGCACAACAGGAGAUGGAACCAGAGAAGAAGGAGGAGGAGCAAGGGGCAGCAGUGGUGUCCGUCGUCUGGGCGAUACAUAUGCCAUCGAAAUAAAACCCAAACAAGGCUGGCUCCAGUUGGCAAGUGAUGUCAACGAUUUAUUUGAUUUAAUGCCGGCAGGAGCAGAGACAAAGCCAAAGGAGGAGCCCCGGAAUCAGGAGGAGGCGCUCAGGGAUCAGGAGCCCUUGGCCCGGGACAAGUGCUGGUGUCGCUUUUGCAGCAUGCAACUGCUGAAGCUGCACAAUGGGAAAAUCAAACGUUUGGGCCACUACUGUCCGCUGGAUCUAUUCUCCGGUGCACCCAGUCGUAUGGUCGAUGCCUUGAAUGCACUUCUCGCCUGCCCGCAAAAUAAUUUACGUGUAUUUCAGAACGGCAAUUUAAUUUAUGGCGAUCACGCGAAUUCGAUUUCCUUCGAUGAAUUGCACUCGCGUGUCUUUCCCGGUGAAAUUAUGGUGCUUAUAAAACAUUUGCUGGUGGCCUGCCUGCUCAGGGAAUACAAGAACCCGGAAUCAGAACGGUCAGAGAGCCCCAAUCAAGACCAGAAACAGGAGGAGCAGCAGCAGCAGCCGCUGAUUCAGAGUCGCGUUUCAAUUGCGGCAACGGAGACAAAAGCCGGAGCUGCUGGAAUCGGCGCCGCUAAUGUUGUCCUGCCGUUUGGGGGCAGGGCUGCCGCCCCUUUUGUCACUGUUGGUCAAUCCUCGACGAGGACCAGAGCAGCUGCUGCAACAGCCACGACCCAAAGGUACACAAAAAUGGCCAGAAUGGAAACAACAACGGCCACCUCGGACGCAGGAGCAACAUCGGGAAGCCAACUAUCCGGCGAUGUGUUGGCAACGGCAACGGCAACUCGGACGGGAAAAAAACCGGAAACGGAAACACUGGCAACUCCUAGUACCAGUCGGAAUGAGAAUGAGAAUCAGAAUCAGAAUGAAAGCCGAAAUCGGAAUGAGAAUGAGCCUGCGAAUCAAACUGAAGCCCAAAUCAACAAAGCGGAAAUAUUUCGCUUACCAAACAAUUGUGUGCUACAAAAAAUUUUGAAUUUGCAAUUGCUGGUAAAGCGCCACUUCGACUUCAUGUGGCAUUCCGGCUACUCCGGUCACUCCCAGCCCACUUACAACUCGCUGCGGGGCCUGCUGGCCUCCAUAAAGGAAAGGAAGGAGGCGGAAUUCGAGCCGGAUGAGGAGCAGGCUUACAUGCUAGGAGCCACGGCCCUGGACUGCUCGAUUAUGUUGACGUUUCAGGAAAUCGAAAUCGAAUGUGAAACCGAUUGCCCGGCUGGCCAGAGCGCUGCUCCACUGCAGCCUUGGUGCGUCUCCCUGCUGGGUCAUCACUUUCUAACCAAGCUCACUGUCCUGGAUUUGGAUCCGAAGCCCGACAGUCACUUUCAUAAAUUCAUAGCGCAGACACGUGAAAUUGAAAAGUGCCGUCGAGCAUUAAAUUAAUUAAUAAACUUUGCACCCAACUAAAAGCAGCACGCAUCGACUGUCGAGCUCACAAAACUGUGCUACAGUUUCCUACUCAAUAUAAAUUAAGUUGCUCUUUUUUGUGCUGCAGCUUUUCGAGUUCUUUUUCAUACCCGUUUAUUGGGGGCAAGGGUAUGUUGAGAUCGUGUGAGUGGUUGUAACUGAAAGGCGGAAUGUUUGGUUGUAGAGCCCUCAAAGUGUCAGACAUUCUGACUAAGACUUAAAUCUGCCUAAUUGGCCGGAAGCGAAGCUUAUCCGAGAUUUUGGAAAGAAAUUAACUUAAUAGCUGGGAAAACUAGAAGUUAGGAAUUAAAAGUUAAACGGUAUUUUGCGAACAGGGCGGCAGGAUUAAUUUUGAAUUUGUUAUUUAUGAAAUUACCAACAUUUGUUAAUUUAUGAAGUUGAGUAUCGCAAAAUUGUCUUUCUUAAUUUUAUCUUGAAGUUUAUCCAAAUAAAAUCUCUUAAUUAGAGACAAUUUGUUCGUCGGCUAAACGCCUUUUUUCUGGUUUUACAGUCAGAUUUUCGUAUAAACAUCGCUUAUAGCAAAGCUAAUUUGUGUUUCCAAAAGUUUGACUAUGCUAGCACUUUAAGAUUAUAACCUUAACAUGAUGUACAGAAUUCGGGACCGAAUUAAA